AUGGCAACGUGUGCGCGCUGCUGGGCCGGUCGGGAGGAUGCUUGGCCUGGGCGGUGCUGUCCAUACCGGGCAGUAAGGAGGUCAGGGUCUCCGCCUCUCACCCUUGCCAUCUGUGUUGGAUGCCCUGGGAGGAACAAGAGUGUCUUGACCGCUGACCCUGCUGACCUCCAGAGAGCCGCCACCACCGGCCCUAUAGACAUCAUGGCAGACAAACUGAAGGACCCGGCAACCAUGGGUUUCCUGGAGGCAGCUGUGAAAAUCAGCCACACAUCCCCAGAUAUCCCGGCUGAGGUACAAAUGUCCGUCAAGGACCAUAUUAUGCGGCACACACGGCUGCAGCGUCAAACCACAGAGCCAGCCUCGUCCACCAGGCACAUCUCCUUCAAGCGCCACCUACCCCGGCAGAUGCACGUGUCCAGCGUGGACUACGGCAACGACCCCCCACCCGUGGCCGAGCAGCCCACCAGCAUCGGCCGGAUCAAGCCCGAGCUCUACAAGCAGAAGUCGGUGGAUGCUGAUGAAGCCAAGAAUGAGGCGGCCAAGACCUGUGGGAAGAUCAACUUCAGCCUCAAAUACGACUAUGAGAACGAGACCCUCAUUGUGUGCAUCCUGAAGGCAUUCGACCUUCCGGCCAAAGAUUUCUGCGGCAGCUCGGACCCCUAUGUCAAGAUCUACCUCCUGCCUGACCGCAAGUGCAAGUUCCAGACCCGUGUCCACCGUAAGACGCUGAACCCCACGUUCGACGAGAACUUCCACUUCCCCGUGCCCUACGAGGAGCUGGUCGACCGCAAGCUGCACCUGAGCGUCUUCGACUUUGACCGCUUCUCGCGUCAUGACAUGAUCGGCGAGGUCAUUCUGGACAACCUCUUUGAGGCCUCUGACCUGUCCCGUGAAACCUCCAUCUGGAAGGACAUACAGUAUGCCACCAGUGAAAGUGUGGAUCUGGGAGAAAUCAUGUUCUCCCUCUGCUAUCUACCAACUGCAGGUCGCCUCACCCUUACUGUGAUUAAGUGUCGGAACCUCAAAGCUAUGGACAUCACAGGCUACUCAGAUCCUUACGUGAAAGUAUCUCUGCUCUGUGAUGGGCGAAGACUAAAGAAGAAGAAAACAACGAUAAAGAAGAAUACACUUAAUCCAACCUACAAUGAGGCAAUUAUCUUUGACAUUCCACCAGAGAACAUGGACCAAGUCAGCCUACUUAUCUCCGUUAUGGAUUAUGAUCGAGUAGGCCACAAUGAGAUUAUAGGUGUCUGCCGAGUAGGGAUCAAUGCCGAAGGCCUGGGAAGGGACCACUGGAAUGAGAUGUUGGCCUACCCGAGGAAACCAAUUGCUCAUUGGCACUCCCUGGUAGAGGUAAAGAAAUCCUUCAAAGAGUGGCAGGGCCGAGCUGCAAGCUUUGACAGCCAGGGAUCGUGCCCAUCUCCGAAACCACCUCCAACACCGUGAGAUGCACAAUGGUGGAAAACAAAUAGGACUAAGCAAUGUUAUUUUUGCACUUGUUCUGCAGUCUAACUACAGGGCUGCUCAGCAGCAGCAACAACAGCAGCAGCUACAGAAAGUCACUUGCUCCAGAGUCUUCACUGUUCCUGCGCUGGUCCAGGCAGAGAAACUUGUCGUGUGGUCAGAUUUGUCUUAGUCUUUUCUGUCUCCCAAGGUGAUGUUUUUGUGGUUUUCACUUUUAUGGAUCUGCUGUCCAGAAGAAGAAGAAAUGGUGGAUGGAAACCCCAGAUUUUUGUUCUUUAAAAUAUAGUAUAAAAUAGCAGUAUUUUCUGUGGAAGUGGACAAGUUUCAGCUCUUCUAAACCUCCACAAAGCUCAAACCACCAGGAGAAGAAAAUGGAAUUGGUCUGUGGCUACAGCUUUAGAGUCCUUUGGGAAUGGUAUAUAUGAGAAGGUCUUUAUUAGGCUAAUCGUGACACUUGGCCACAUUGCCCAUGUGAUAAAUGAAGGAAGAUUCACAGACUCGUGUACAAACUUUGAAUUCACAGCAACUUCGAAGUGUUCUUGAGCAUUCAGAUGGUUGUGCAGGGUGCCCCUAAUUUGCUUUUCUCAUGAAUUAAAGAUGUGUCGGCUCCUCAUGGAAACUAAAACACUCUCUUCAGAAAUGAUUCUGCUGAAACUCAAUAUAUACCAUAUGUUCUCUGGAUCUUGACAAUUAUUGGUCACAUUUGUUUGAAAACAAGAACUCUGUUUUGGAAAUCUCCCUAAUUACAAAGAAAGUGAGGCAUAGUGCAGAUGAACAAAAUGGAUUCUAAAUAAUAUAUUUUUUUAAUUUCCCUGAGGGGUCACCAUCUGUUUGAAGAAAGCAGAAAAUAAUAAAACGUAAACCCAGAUAAAAUGCUCAUUUUUGAAAAUUGAAGUUUUGCUACUUCCAUAAGUUUCAGGUUCCAGGUGGUGCUUUGGUCCCUCCAGCUGUAUAAGAACUGUCUUCUCCAUUGGCACUAAGUCAGCUAACCUAUUUCAACUGGACUUUUGGGUAAUUUUCAUCUUACACAUUUAGUUCUGUAUAUUGCUAAGUAGUGUUAUUUGUUUCAGUGUUAGUAGUUUUCCUUUAGGUCUUUACUUGAAGCCAAAUUCAGUUGAAAAACUGAUAUUCCUCUGUAUCACCAUGGCACAUUUAUGUUGAUUCAAAUUAAUGCAGUAAUGAAUUUUGCUCCCAAUAAACCAAGGCCAUUCUGUCAA